UGCAUGAUCGCAUUCCACACUUGCACCAAGUAACCAGCCGGGGAGUAGCCAAUGGGGCUCAAUUUCCUGGUUCAACAUUUUUGCAUUGUUAUCUCGCCGCUGCCUUAGCUACGCCCUAACAAGUCAAAGAGUUUGCUAUGACAGAGACGCGUGUGAGGACGUUACGGACUCUUUCUAAAGUGUAGCUGCUCGUCUUUAAACUUCAUCAUGUCAGUACCAGAGGAGGAUCUUACAUGCCCCAUCUGCCAUGACCUCUUCGAGGACCCGGUGGUGCUGUCGUGCAGCCACAGCUUCUGUCGAAGAUGCCAAGAGCGCUGCUGGGAUGCCAGGCUGCGAGAGUGUCCCGUGUGUCGUAAGAAGGCCUCCAAGUUCAGCCAUUUCCCCAACUUGGCCCUCAGGAACAUCUGUGAGGCGGUGCAGGCCAGGAGGGACAUGGAAGCUGUGGAGGAGAUGAUGAUGUGUCAUCUGCACAAGGAGAAGUAUAAGCUCUUCUGUCUGGUGGACAAGGAGCCCAUCUGUGUGGUGUGUCAGUGCUCCAAAGCACACAAGACCCAUCAGUGCUCACCUGUAGAGGAAGCAGUGCUGGACUGCAAGGAGAAACUCAACGCAUCCCUCAAGAGUCUGCAAGACAAAGUGGACAACUUGAAGAAAAUACACAAGACCUCUGUGGACAUUUUCAAGCACAUCAAGGAUCAGGCGCUGGAAACACAACAAAUGAUCAGGUGUCAGUUUGAGCAGCUCCAUCAAACCCUUCGCCAGGAGGAGGAGGCCAGGCUAGCGGCUGUGAAGAGGGAGGAAGAGGAGAAGAUUGCAGGAAUGAACGAUAAGAUGAAGGAGAUAUCUGCUGAGGUCCUGUCCCUCACCGACACCAUCGCCGUCUUACGGGAGCAGCUGAUGGAAGAGGGCAUAGUCCUGCUCAAGAAUUUUAAAGAUAACGAGGACAGAAACACAACAUCCAGCUCAGACAACAUGUGUGGCGUCCUCAUCGACGUCACCAACCACCUUUCCAACCUCAAGUACAAAGUCUGGGAGAAAAUGCUGCAACAUAUUGAUUACAGCCCUGUGACCUUGGACCCAAACACAGCACACCCUUGCCUCAUCCUGUCAGACAAUCUGACUUCCCUCCACUAUAAGGACGAGAUGAACAGCUGCCCCGACAACCCGGAGCGCUUCCACAUGAGCGCCGAGGUGGUGGGCAUGACCUCGCUGGGCUCAGGAAGCCACCAUUGGGUGGUGGAAACAGGAAGUAAUCAAGACUGGCUGCUGGGCGUGGCCUCGUCUUCCAUACCCAGGAAUUCGGAAGUCAAUGCUCGGCCCGAGAACGGCUUCUGGACGUUGUGUUUCCGGGACGGCCAGAUCAAGGCAAUGACAUCGCCCCCUACCAUCGUGGAGGUGUCAAGUACGCUGGAGCGAGUCAAAGUGCACGUGGAUUAUGACAAAGGGAUUGUUUCAUUUUUUGACGCCGACGCGGAUGCUCUCAUUUACACGUACACGCACAACUUCCAGGAAACACUACUGCCUUACUUUUACACGCAGAGCAGUCAGCCAUUGAGGAUCAUGCCGGAGAGGGUCCUUGUAGCAAUGCUGCGUCAAUAAGCUUCCAUUAAUAGAGUGUUAUUUUUUGUUGAUUUUUCUCUCAAAGAUUACAUUUUGUUGCACUUUAUUUUUUGUUUUCUGCUGCUUUUGAAAGAUGGGAAUAUAUAUUACAUGUACCUUAUUUUUUUGGCAUGUCUGUCACACUUUAAUGUUUCAGAUCAUUAAACAAAUUCAAAUAUUAGUCAAUGACAAUACAACUUAAAACAAAAUGUAUGACAGUCAAAUGUAUAUGGCUGCAUACCAUUCAUCUCAAUCUUUGCUCUUUGCUCUUAACCAGGGGUCUCAAACUCAAUUUACUUGGGGGCCACUGGAGCUCGGGUCUGGGUGAGACUGGGCCGUAUCAGGUUUUCCCAAAAAAAAAAAAAAAAAACGCAUUUAUUAAAAACAGAAAAAUGAAUAAACUUUGCUUUGGUUCCAAUUUUCUACAAUAAAAGC